UUCUGAUCUCCAACUUCAAUCUGUAUAAUUUGCAUAGCAAUGGCAUCAACAACAAGCAACAAACACCCUCUGCUCCUCGCUGCAGCCGUCGCGCACGGCGUGCUCGCUCUAGGCCAUACAACAAAAGGUCUCGACCAAUUCAAGCACCCGUCCUUGAACACGCUGCCCACAGCUUUGCGCGGUGCCGUACAAGCCGGGUGGUACGAAGGCUCUGUCUUCUUCGCCAUCAUGGGUAAUAUUCUAAAAGUGGUCAAUGACGGGCAUAUACGACAUAUACGACAAAUCCAUUGCUACGCUCUUGAUCAGCUUGCUCAUCGGUGCCGGAGCAAGCUACUUCAAGAGCGGAGAUAAGCCCUACUGCGACGACGCUGGCGGGUUGUUGCGAUUAUUCAAGGGCUGGGAGUUCGAAAUGGGGUGGGAUGUGGAAGUAUAACUCUUCUGUGUCUCGGCUUUUGGGUGUGGGGAAAGAUCAUCGAGGGAAUUGGUAAGAGACGGGUGUCGACGUAGGCCUUUUCAUUCGAACCUGCAUGCUAAUUUCUCCGCGCCGCGCUGUAGUUUGACGAAUUCAGUCUUGCUUCUUGUAGAAGUUCAGUCAGAUUCAUGUUCCUAUUU